CCAACCCCAGUUUUGUAGUGUCAAGAUUUCUGAAACUUUAGUCUUUUUUCGUGAACUCCUCAAGGUGUCCUUCAAUCAUUUGAUGUUGAAAAGUUUUGAUUAGAUGUUGGCACUCUGUUAGACAGCAUGGAUGACCCAAAGUCACCAAAAUAUUGUCAAGAUGAAAGUGACAGGACCAAGUCUCUGUUCAGUUUUUUCUGUCAAAAUCUGCACCUUGGUCAAUGGGAGUUGGCUCAUACCUGUAUACAAGACUUGAGUAAGAGUGAUGCUAGUGUCAAAGAUUUGUUGAAAAGUGUGGUGCUCUAUCCAUAUGAUCAAAGUAAUGGCUCACAAUUCAUCAAGAAUCCUCACCAGUUGUCAUGGCUCUGCUUGCAGGCCUACAGAGAGGUUGCAGAGGAUGCAGAAGAAACAGAAUCAGUUGAAAUCGAUGUGCAUUUCCGGCUGCUACUGGUGGAGGCAUGCUUUCACACUACUUCUGAUAUUGUCAAGGAACUUUACUUAUUCCACAGAAGACUUCACAUGAAGACGUCUCGUCAAAUAGACUACUUAGUGCCAAAGUUAAGCGAGGAAUGCAUUGCCUUUCUCAAGAAUCUGAUGCUGGAAAAGCCAAGUCUCUGUCAUUCUUUUCUGCAAGCUUUAUCUGUGAUAAACGAACCAGUACACUUCCAACACAAUCAGGAAUUGCAAUCAAUCUAUUUAGACUGCUUGCAGGGAAUACUUCACAGACUUUGCCGCGGCAACCCCGCUGCCAUCUUGUGCAAAGACGACUGCAGAUAUUGUAAAAUUGUCUCUGAUAUUCCAACGUGUGAUAAUCUCACUGUAAAAUUCUACCAGAUUCUUUCGCUUUACAACCCGCAUGACAGCACUGAUGAAGAACUGUAUCGGAAUCUUUUCCGGCAAAUACUUGACGUGAGCUACAAUGGAGACAACAUACUUCAGUUGGACAUGGUUUACUCCUGCUUGUUGGGUAGGACUUCUGCGUGCCUCGUGGAGGCGUUUGCACAGCUUGACAAUGAGAGGCGAUUUCUAGGAUCUUCUACGACCGGUGCUGCAACUUUUCUACAGUUUUGUAAUGAUAUGGAUAGACUCAAGAGCUGGAAGAAUAUUUAUCUGUUGUGUAUCAAGCAGAAACAACACUUUUUUGACAGUCUUAUGCAAAGUGCCAUCCAUCUCAUCCAGCAAGGAGAGUUUGAACAGCUGCAGAGCUUACUCGAGCCGCCAGAGUUCCAGGUGCUGAAACCAUUGGUGCUACUUCUUGGCUGGAACCAUUGUUAUAGUUGUAGCAAUGCCAACAAGCUGCUUACCGCCCUCUGGGGGCAGAAUGAUUCCAUCCAGCAUGACCCGGUGGUUGAACAAGCCUGUAAGAAGUUACUGUAUCAGGUUGAUCUUGUCCAGUGGUGCCUUGAGAAAGCAAAACCUCUCCUGAUAGCAUCUGGUGCUUCCAUGACCCACCAUGACCGAGCCACAGAGAUGUUCCAGGGGCUAGAGGCUCAUUCGGUGCUCUACGUCCUCCACCAGUCCACCCAACUCUCCACCCUUGAUAUGGAGGAGGUGCUGGAGAUACUUCAUAAACGGCCAGUUCUCAUGGAUGAAUGUUCUUCAAAAGUGCAGACAAAACCCAAGACUGUUCGUUUUUCAGAGAAAUCUGACAGCCCUGAGAAGCUACAAAAAGUAUUUAUCAGUAUAGAACAAGAACGCGAUAUUGCCAUUUAUCGCAGUUACUGUGCUUUAAAACAUUUCAUGGACGCGAUGUAUUUCUGUGCGGAUAGUUCAAACUUUAUGCCACGGAAGCAAUCCGUUUUAAACAACCAUGGGAAUGACCUUGAAAGUCAAGGUCAAGGAGAAUCAGGUAAUGAUUUUCAGCACAUUUAUGACAUGUUUGUUACAAGGAAAUUGAUAGCUGGUAAGGAGCAAGUUUCUAAACUUCAUCCGCUGUCCUACCGGGUUGAAACGUUGGAAAAUAUUUUUUCGUUGUUGUUCAUGAUGCAAGAGGAUGUACAAGAAGUGGCCGUGUUGUGUACAGAUAGCGGGGAGGAUAUGCCUGAGGACCCUAAUUGUAGUAUUGACUGUGCUGAUUCCGCUAUGCAGUCAUUGGAUUCAACUCUGCACUCAUUGGAAUCAACGUAUGAAAAGGUCAACGAAACUGAGUUGGAUGAAGAAAAAUUCACGAUGAUCUCCAACAAACUUUGGAGAAUUUCGAAACUGAAAUCUGAGAGUGAUCUGGAUACGUCUGCUAAUGUUGAUAAUACAUCAGUUGAGGCUGGAAACGUAUGCUAUGAUGAACCGUUUAUGAAUUCUGUUGACUCGCCAAAAGAUCAGAAGAAACAACAGAAGGAAAGAUCAUCGACUCCAGGGUGCAAGAGUUCUACGGACGGAAAAUCAGAAAUGAGAAAUCAUCCGGAAGAUUUGAGUAAUUUUAGUACGGGGUCCACGAGUAGUUCGUAUAAAAUAGGAUUCAUAGCGAACCAGUACAUAGUCCGUGAUUUCAUAGCGAUGCUUAAUGAAUGCUUAUUAGAACUGGAUGGCGCUAUGUACCGACUUAUCGGAGAGAAAAUUGACACAAAGGAGAAUUUGGAGACAUCAAGUUCCAUUCAAAAGGCCCUGAACCUGCAUAUGAAGUGUACAGUAUCUGAGGAUAAUCUUCAGGCGAGGAUUAGCCGGUUGCGGCAGUAUGUGAGUGAGGCCCAGUGGAGGUUUCAGGUAGUCUCUCACGAUCAGAUACCAAACGAACCUGGGAACGUUUUAUCUACACCAGUUAAGGAAGAGGCAGCUGAUAUCAGUGAUGAUGAUUUAGACGUCAGUUUAUUUCAUGAUGAAGUCGUCCCACCCUUGGUGAAGUCCAGCUCAGGUCGAACGAGAGGAGGAUCUCUAGAAAAAGUUUUUUCUCAUGGUGGCAGAGUAUCUGGUCGGGAGAGUGAAUCACAAGUCACCACCGACCCAGGUGGUUCAGGUGUCAUCAGCCCUGGAGCCAGCCAACAUCGCCACAAGCGUCGUGUAAGCACAAGACGGGAGAGCUCUUCAAGUAGUGUGGUCUCCAAGACGAAACACGGCAUCAUUCCUUAUAUGUUGGGAUCUCAUCAGAGCUUACUGACCAUGUGCUUGAGGAGAGGACACUUCGCGCAAGCAAAUCAAAUUGUCAAGUUGUUCAAACUUGAAGAUACCACUGGGGUCAUAGAAAUGGCCUUCGCUGAGCAAUACCAGGCAGCAAGCAGAAAGCUCCAGGCCAUAGAUCCGAGAAGACGGAGCAGUAUGCCAGGCGUUCCUGGUGCACGUGCUCAGUCCAAUCGCUUCAGUAUGCGUGCAAUCGAGAAUGUGGCGGCAGCCGGUGAGGCUACGAUGAUGAUUACGAACAUUGUUGAUGAAGUCAUAAGCAGUUCAGCGCUGGAGCUCUAUCCAGAAAAUAUCCAAGCUGAUUCAAUUGUACACAAAUCUGCUCUGCUGACUCAUUUGAAUCCAGAAAAUAUUCCGACAAUGGUGGUGCUAGAUUUGGCGUGCACAGCAUGUCGGACUUGGGAAGCGAGUGAAAAUCUUCUGGCUAUGGGUCACAAACGUUUAUCUGGGGAAGCAAAUACGAAUCGGCCGAGAAGUAUGUCAGGAGCGGAUAUGAAACGCCAUAGUCCGAGUCCCGAUGUUGAAGCCAAAAAAACUGGUGCUAGUCCAAAUGAUUUGAUCCGCAAGAACGACGUAACGUUGAAAGGUGUUGAGCCUUUCCUUACACAGCUCUGGACCUUGAUGUCUCAAGCAACAAGAGAAGGUAUCUCAGUGUCUGACGAAAUGUGGAGCAGCUAUCUACGUAACAGCGUGACCCAUAUUUUGACUAACGUGACGUUUCCAUUAGACGUCGCUGGCUUCAGAACCUACAUGGCUACGUUAUUCGAGUUGGAAAAGAGCUGUAGUAAGGUUGAGAAGGCUUUCAUUGAAGUCAAAGCCAUGGAACAGAAGUCAUUUCUGUCAAAAGGAGCAGAGAAGAAGGCAUCGCGUCCCGUCAUUCAUAUCGCGAUGAAACGUCUGCUGCAGGUGUUUGAGAAGGUCAUUACAUCUCAAGGUGUCCUUGUUCACUUUGAAAGAAACACUGAAUCUAUAAUAGAGCCUACCAGGAACUACCUGCAGAAUCUUUAUGAUCAUGUGAAGACUUUCUGCCAUCUUAUUAUGGAAAAUGAACCAAAGCAAAAAGAUGCCCCUUCUCUUACGCAAAACUACUACGUGAUCCUUGACGAAUCACCCACCAACAUUCUCGGCAAACUCAUGUUUGAGAAGAAGAUAUCACCAUAUAAGUUGGAGGCUUUUGCGCAGAGAUUGAGUCUCGAUCUACUCCACAUCAUCGUGAAUAGCUGUUGUCCAAGAAUUCCAAGCAAGCAGAUGAUAACCUCUCAAAAUGCGGUCCCAAUGGUGGCCCAGUGUGAACAUGGACGAGUCGUGCUGAAUGCUUCUUCAAAUUUGAAAGAAUCUACAAGAUCUCCUGACGUGGUCGCCAGGGAAAUUAUGACCAGGAUUGUCAAACUUUUGAAAGAAUUUUCAUCAUCGACGUCAUCCAACUAUGUGAACCAACACACUGUGACUGAGAUCCUGAAGGAGAGGGAUUUAGCCGCCAUAUUUGACGGAGUGGGGGAACUGGCAGUUGUUGACCUUAACAAACUCACAUCAUCAAGCGAGAAGAGAAGUUUCUGCGCCAAUGUCAUCAACCUGUUGACGAUACACAGUUUGUUUUAUCAAGUUCACAUCCAGAAAUUGUCCCUGCACAACAUGACCCCACUGGAGAGGCUGAAUGCCUUGUGUACGUUUUCAUACCACAUAGGACAGCUUGGAAGAGUGAGUCUACUUGAGUUGCGAUUCCUCAUCAGCAGAAAUGGUCUUCCAUCUCCUACCUGUUACAACAAGGUGCUGGUUAAUAGAUUGUAUGGUCUUGACCAGCAUGAUCCAUGGACUAUAUUCGGUCCUCCACCAGAACCAAGACUCCUGUUCCUGCUCAUAGAUGGCUCUUACUCCUCUCCACCACUACAGGUUGUGAGUUCUGAGCUUGUUUCUCAGCAAGUUGAGAUGGCCAUGGAAUCAUACCUAGAGGAUGCUGUCAAGGUGCAUGAGGAGGAAAAGAAGGUUACCUUACCGGAGAUGUUAUUAUGGUACCGCCUUGAUUUUGUUGGCAAAAAAGGAGACAGCUACUUGGCAGAGUAUGAAGGCCUCGUCAACUUUGUAGCAGAACAUUCCCCCUCAGGGUUGAGUGGCCAUCUCAAGGACAUGCUCCAUCUUGAUGAUGCAAGUGGCUUCGGAGAAAUAGAUGAUGGGACCAGGAAGAGGGAGCUGCCGUUCAAAGUGACAAUUGAACCAUACAGCUGGGAUUUUGUGAUACGGUUUGACUACACCCCAAUCCGUCUGCACCACAAGUUAGUACAACAGCACCGGCGUGGCUCAUCGCUCCCCAUUGACCUCGAGGGCUGCAAAUCAGAGUACCUUCCCAAUGUUAACACACAGGUGCCUAAAGUGUAUAAUCUCCGCGCAGUGACGUUAGAUUACAUGAAAGCUAGGUGCACUCUUGUCUCGACACUACUCAGUCUCAUCUGUUCAGACGAAAUAGAUGACAUCGAGGAAAAUUUUGACGACAUUUGGUUUGAUUCUUCCUCUUUAGAGAAAUCCUCAGAGAAAUCCUCUGGGACUCCUCCCCCUGUGCCAAGAAAACGUACCGGGUCAGACAUAAGUUUAGUUGAUGUGCGGAGCUACCGGUAUCAAAAAUUGAGUCAGAAUUUCCCUAUAUUGAGCCACCAUGUGCAGGAGAAUGUUAUACCUUUAGCAGGAGCAUUGCAGGAGGAUAUAGCAAAUCAUGGCGACCCGAUUCUCAAACUUUUGAGUAUGUCGAUCCGUGGAGAUAUUCGUGAGUGCAUGCUGAUGAUGUCGUCCAGUCCGCAGUUCUGUAGAGACGUCAAUAACAUAUUGAACGAACUUGUCCAGAAUAAGAAGUGGUUGACGAUAUCACAUGUCUUAACAAGCCUGCCCGAAUUUACUCUCUCGCGGAACCCGGAAUGGACGACCCUCCGUGACUUCUCUCUCUGCUGUUGCACAAAGGAAGGGACUCCGGUGAAUAAUUCUCCCCAGUCUCGGAUGAUGAGUUGGCGAUUUCUCCAACAGAUCAGUGAUCCAGAUACUCAGGUCCGUGCGGUGCUUGGAACUCUGAAGAUGUGGUCGGUGACAAUUUGUUUAGAACUCCUUGGGAUGUGUCAGAGUUUGCAGAAUAUUGAGGCAAGACUGAAGCGUGCUGUGGAGAUUCAACUGGAAGCCAUGAAGUUAUAUCAAAAGAUUAUCGAAUGUGCCAAAACACUCCAAAUCAAACUCUCAAUGAGAACCAGACCUGAGGUGCCACCACAGGACGAAUAUGAUGCGAUCGAUUUCGAACAUCUCGAACAGUUGAUGACAUGGCAGGGCGUUGUGCAUCACUCGAAACAAACACCGGAAGAAAUCCUGAAGGUACUGGUCAAGUGUCAGGAGUUCAAGACCCUCCGACAGUGGGCGGAGAUUCAUAACGUCGGGCCGAUCAUGAAACAGAAUACAACACGACUUAAUGUUCAUCUUGUGAAGCACGGUUUAAAGAGCAUAGAGGAAAGCUAUGUGGUUUACCUCUUGGAGGAGGAGAAGCCUAAGCCCAUGGAUGCCUACAUUGCACUAGAAGAUAUCAGCAAGUCUGAUGGUGAACUCUGCCGCAAAAUCUGUGAUAAUCUGCUGAGUCGGUUGAAAAAUGAGAAGAACAUUCUAUUUGUGGCACGAUUCAUGCUGCAGCAUCUUGAUAAAGAGUUGGAUGCUGACCGUAGGAACGAGUUGUAUCUCAUUUGCAUGGGAGCAAAGAUUCUGUUGUAUCUGCCCGAGAGGUCAAGGAUUGAUUACCUCCACCUGAGAUCAGCACCAAUGCUUAUAUUUGAACAACUCCUUAUGAAUAUGAAGGUCGACUGGGCAGGUCAGUGUAUUGAAAUCAUCAAGAAGGAUCUGAAUGCUAUACCUCACAAAGUAUCUGGCUGUGCCCUCGAUGCCCUGGACGAGAUGAUAACUAUUUACGCUAAACAUGCACUGGAGUUCCCUGUUUCUCAGGUGGAGCCACCUGGUCCUGUCAACGCGAGUCCUACCAUGUCUGGGAGAAGCAGUGCCUCGCCCAUGACGUCUAUAAUCUCGGAUGAGGACCGGGAUAAAGUAUCGACUCUAGGGGAGCCGCUGAAACCUGCUGCAUUGUUGGCAGCACUCGCUGGGAGAAGGGGAAGCAGACAAUUCUUAACAAGUACUGGUACCCGUCCUGGUUCCACCCCCCUCAAAGAAUCUCCACUCGCACGUCACAUGACCUUGAACACCGGAAGCUCAUUCAUCAUGCCAGUGGAGCCACCGACCAAGGAUAAAUGGGUCCCCGAUGGAAGGGUCUCCGAAUGCAUGGUGUGUCAGACAGAAAGGUUCAGUAUGUUCAAUCGUCGUCACCAUUGCCGUCGAUGCGGACGUGUUGUCUGUGCGUCCUGCUCCACCAAAACGACACCGAUCCGAGGACAGUUAGCGAGGACAUGUGAUGAUUGCUAUGACCAGAUCUAUAAGCCAAGGGGUUCCUUCAAUGAGCAUGACUUCUAUCAACAAAGGGUUAUGGAACGCCUAUCUGGUGCAAGUCCAAGUGGGUCGUAUACGAAAACUCCCCCCUUGGCUAGUUUUGGUGGUGAAAAAGCUGAUAUCCAACUACUUGUUCAGAGUCUCAAUUACUUUUGGAAGCUUGAGAUGAACGAAGAAGUGGACACAGUGACAAGAGAGGACUUCUAUUACGAACAGUCACCAAGCACAUCCCUGUGUAUCUCCAUCCUUGAUCUCCAUAGCAACCCUAAAGUGUGUGGGGAACAGAUGCUGCAACUCUGUGAUGAACUCUCCAAAUUACUCAAGCCAAUCGCACCAGGUGUAGCUAAUCCUGAGGUGGACUAUAACUUUGUUAUAAGCAUGAUGAAGUACCUCCUGAUCAACGCAAAGUUGAAAUUCCUCAAAUGUAACGAACCUCAGGGCGAGGGCCUUUGUGAGAUAUACCAAAGCAAGGUUGAUCUCCUCAAUCUGCUCGUAUCGAAUAACUGCAAGGAUAUUCUGUCUAUUCAGGAGUUGACCAAAAGUGACACAGUCAGGCGUUUGAGAGACCGACUGAUUGAAGAUGAGCGCCUGUCUCUGGCAAUGGAGGUGUCAACCAAAUGUGGUAUUGACCCCUCAGGUGUGUGGGCAGCCUGGGGCAUAGGAUGUCUACAAUCAGGCAACUACCAGGAGGCAAGGGAAAAGUUCAGCAGGUGCCUCAAGGUUCCUGUUGACAGAAAUCAGAACCAAACAUCUUCAAAACUCCUCAGCGACAUUGUGGAAUGCAUUGAGAAGCUGCCCAGCACUGGUGCAGGGGGAGUAAAAUGUCUCUUGGCCCAGUUAAGUCUGUCUGAAAAUCUAACAGCGGAACCCCUCAAGCAGUACACUGAUGAUUCCACCAUGGAUGAACACCAAUUCAAGGAGUGUCUGUUCUACCUCAAGACGUAUGGUACCCACAUGGCAAUCAUUGCAUUCUUCAGGCGGCAUGGGUUCUGGCAGAAGGCAGUCAAGUAUAUUCUUGAUAAGAAAUGUAGUGCAGACGUCUUUGUGGAAGGCCUUCUUGUUCCUGCCAUCCAGACUGGAGACCUUGGCAAACUCCAGGACCAGCUGGCCAUGAUUGACUCCUCGCUAGCCCCUUGGCACCCCUAUCUGACCGCGUGCUGCAGAUAUCUCAACCGCAUGAAAUACUACAAUAUGCUCUACCAGUUUCAGUUAUUUAUGAAGGAUUACAUCAGGGCAGCUAUGACAUGUAUCACCACGUUCUUCAGUAAGGGCGCUUUAACACAGACCGAACUCCGAGGCCGGCUGCAGCAUCUCUUGAAUGCCAAACAACACUUCGAGAUGUACCUGACGCAGACCAAGUACAGUGGCGCCAGCAGCAGGAAUGUGCCAGAUUGGGGAAAGUCUGGAGCGUCUGCUAUACGACUAUCCCAGUCGGCAGCCGAAGUUCAAAUGCAUCUGCGCACUGUUGACCUACAGAUUGAGGUGACCCAGUUCCUGUAUCAGUGCCAGACCGAUGGUGCCAUGAAGAAGCAACAUGAAUAUCCACCGGGACAUGUACCAACACUCUUUGGUGACAAUAAGAGGAAGGGGGAGGUGGCAACAACGAUAUUGCUGUCAGAAGGGAAGUUCUCAAAUGCAUUUACCCUUGCUCUUCGCAUAAUACAGGAUUAUAGACUGGGUGCAACAGUUAUCUUCAGUCAAGUUGGUCGUCAGCUCGCCAAGCAACAGCAGUAUGGAGUGAUCAGGCAACUGCUGGGAAAGAUUAACGAGAUCAACAUCUGUGAUGAUGCCAGUUAUGACGAGGUGAUCGGAGCGUGCGUACGUGUCAUAGCUGAUGACAGCAAUGAGGGAAGAGAAGCCGAAUCGCUAAUCAAGAUGACGAAACUGGAUACGAAUAAGAUCAAUGCGUACAUGUUAUGCGGGAAACUGAAGUCUGCCUACCUGAUUGCAGUCCGGAGGAAUAAUGAGGAGGACAUCCAAAGGAUUGCUGGAGCGGCACAGAGAGCUGGCCAGUCUGCCAUGUACGACAUCUGUCAGAAGUGGUUAAAACAGAAGCAGAAAAAGUAGUCGGUUUAUAAAGGCAAAUACAUGUAGAAGACAAGCCUUCAAAGAGGUGAACUUUCUGUAGGCCGCAAAAUAAUGAGAAACUGAGAAAAUUGAAAAUGUCCUAAUUCGCCAACUCUUAGCAUAGUGAACAUUUCACAGUUUGCACAACUCAGUUUUGAAGUCUAUGAAGCCAGCUGCCUCAAGACUUUUGCAUUGAAUUUCAGGAUUCAGGGAAAAAAGCUGAUCGGUGAAUAUUGUAAAAUAAUGCAUGGAUUGCUUUGCACCUGACUCUGUGUAUAUUUGUCCAUCUGCAUGUUAUGAAGUGGACAGUCAUAUGCAUUAUAGCAACAGCUACAUGUAGUGUAGAUGUAUAAGCCAGCAUGAAUUCACAUUUGCCUGAAGUUUUGCAAUGCACCGGUAUACAUGUAUGCUAGACCAAGGAGCAGAUUGUGAUAUGGGAGACACUUUGUGAUAUAGGUUUCUGUGACCAUUUUAGAUCGUUGCCAUAUUUUUCAUACAAGCAUUUCUAUUUUUCAAUCAUACAUGUAUCUAUUAGCGUCAUAGUGAUUUGAUGGAACUGAAACUAAUCCCUGAACCCUGCUCCUUCAAAGACAUAGAAAGCGAAUUGACUCUGAUUCAUAGCUAGAUUUUAAUAGGUUAUCUAAAUGUAGAUUCAAACAGCCUGGAAAAGAACUAGCUUUCAUUUAUGUCUGGUUGUUAAAGAAGUCACAAUAUUACAUGUAUGUAUGUCAAAAUUCUGAUUGAGCUGAUGCUGUGAUAUUUCUAUGAGAGAUGUGUUCUUUAAGUGUAAAUAAGUUAAGUUUCUAUAGCCAACGUCUCCCUUACUGAAACACUGGUCUUACUCCUGUUUGUUCUGUAAAGGACUCAGUGAUUUCAAAAUUUAAAGUCUCAUGACCUGGUGGUAAUGGUCUGUGUGGGAUCUACAUUAUAGUCUGUCUACUGUGGCUACACACAUGUAUGGACAUCAAGUCUCUAUCCUAUGUCUUCAACUUGUCUUUUGAUUUUCAUCAAAAACUCAUUACUGAGUUUUUUGUUUUCAUGUACAUGUAUAUAGGUGAAUUAAUGUGGUUGAUUUCUCAUGUUUCAAGUUCGUUUAUUUUUUGAUAAAAUGGUGCUAUUCAUGUGUAUAAGCACCAAUGUUGGCUAAACCAGCAAAUAAGUUUCUGGUGUUGAUAAUAGUCAUAAUAGUCCGAAUGGCGUUACUCAGGUGUGGUAACUUGGGUUCAGUUUAUGGUUACUGAUAGCUUCUUCUUGUCUUUCGAGUGUAUGAUAUCACACUCAACAAGGAUUUGACUUAAGUUACAAAGAGUGGCACAUCAUACACUCAAAAAGUAGUGAAGAGGCAAAACUAUAAAGCGGUAAAAACAAACUGAAUGCAAGAUGAAGUCAUAAAAACCGUUCCAAUUAGUUCUUGUUUCGCUGGUGAUAUUCCCCUCAUUGUAUCAAAAGUGCUAAGGAUAACUCAAUUACUGCAUGCAAUGAAAAGCUAAAGCAACUAAUUGGUAUGUUACCUGAUCAAAAUAUGUCAGAAACAUUCAAUAAAGUGCCUGUUCUGUAUUCUUAUAUUUUGAAUGGAUUGCAGAUUUGAGAAUCUUUGUUCCACAAUAAAAUAUUCUCCAUU